AUGGAUGUCGAUUACUUAAAAAAGAAUGUUAGUGAUGCAUUGGCAGAAGGAUUGAAAGAAGUCGUCGAAAAAAGACCAGGUGAUCCUAUUGAAUUCUUGGGACAUUGGCUGAUCAAGUACAGGCAAAACCAACUCGAUAAUCAAAAGAUCCAAAAUAUUAUUUUAGCAGGCGAUCAAGAUAAAGAACUUGAAGAAGAAGAGAAAAUAAGACAAGAAAUUCUAGAGAUAGAACGUGAAGAAGAACGAAAGCGAAAAAUCCAAGAAGAAAUACUGAGAUUAGAGAAGGCGAGAGAAGAAGCUAGGAAAAGAGAAGAAGCAGAAUUAGCUGCAUCAAUCCAGGAGGCUCGUAUAACGAAUGCUGACCUUGUUGAUAAAAAAGAAGAAGAAAAAGUAGAGGUGCCACAGUCGCCUAUCAUUAUUGGCGAUGGAGAGGAAGAAGAGAGAGAUGAUGACGAUCAAUCUAGAGGAAGCUCCAGAUCAGUAGCAGAUAGCAGAGAUGGAGAAGAAAGGCCAUCAACUGUAGAUAAAGAAAGUGAAAUUGAUCCCGAAGCUGGUAAAGAUUAA